CCAUUCAAGGAGAUGAUUGGUGAAGACAGGAGCAGCACGCCCAAUGGAAGAUCGCGAGGGAGAAGAAAAAGCAGAACAAAACGAAAGCAGCGAGCAACCACCGGAAGAGCACCGAGAAAGGGGGCAUCGGGAGCCCAAGCUCAGUUCUUUUGGCUAGACCUAUGAUCACUUCUGUGAGACUUCACUGCAUACUUUCUCAAGAGUCUUCCUCAUCCCUAAUGUGCAGUACCUCACCAUGGACCUGCUACUUUCGCUAAGACAUGGCCAGCAGUGAAUAGUAGUAAGAUAUGUGCUGACUAGAAGGCUCACCUGUGCAGUGUAGAGGAUAAGCAGUGCCUUACAAAAAUGGGGUUUGGGAGUGACCUGAAGAAUUCACAGGAAGCUGUGUUAAAGUUGCAAGACUGGGAAUUACGGUUACUGGAAACAGUAAAGAAAUUUAUGGCUCUGAGAAUAAAAAGUGAUAAAGAAUAUGCAUGUAGUUUACAGAACCUUUGUAAUCAAGUUGAUAAAGAAAGCACUGUGCAAGUGAAUUAUGUCAGCAAUUUAUCCAAGUCUUGGCUGCUGAUGAUUCAACAGACAGAACACCUUAGUAGGAUAAUGAAGACACAUGCAGAGGAUCUAAACUCUGGACCCUUGCACAGGCUCACCAUGAUGAUCAAGGACAAGCAGCAGGUGAAGAAAAGUUACAUAGGUGUUCAUCAGCAGAUAGAGGCAGAGAUGAUCAAGGUUACAAAAACAGAAUUGGAGAAAUUAAAAUCCAGCUAUCGACAAUUAAUAAAAGAAAUGAAUUCUGCCAAAGAGAAAUAUAAAGAAGCCAUAGCCAAAGGGAAGGAAACAGAAAAGGCCAAGGAGCGUUAUGACAAAGCCACAAUGAAGCUUCAUAUGCUGCAUAAUCAGUAUGUAUUGGCACUGAAAGGGGCCCAGCUUCAUCAAAGUCAGUAUUAUGAUACCACACUUCCUCUGCUGCUGGACUCCUUACAAAAGAUGCAAGAAGAAAUGAUAAAAGCACUAAAAGGUAUAUUUGAUGAAUAUAGCCAGAUAACUAGCCUUGUUACAGAGGAAAUAGUGAAUGUUCAUAAAGAGAUUCAAAUGUCAGUGGAACAGAUAGAUCCUAGCACAGAAUACAAUAAUUUCAUUGAUGUUCACAGAACAACAGCUGCUAAAGAACAAGAAAUUGAAUUUGAUACUUCCUUAUUAGAAGAAAAUGAAAACCUUCAGGCAAAUGAGAUCAUGUGGAAUAAUUUAACAGCAGAAAGUUUGCAAGUAAUGUUGAAAACUUUAGCAGAAGAGCUUAUGCAGACACAGCAGAUGAUUUUAAACAAGGAGGAAGCUGUCCUAGUGCUGGAGAAGAGAAUUGAAGAAUCUUCUAAGAGUUGUGAAAAGAAGUCUGACAUUGUGCUUCUUCUGAGCCAAAGACAGACACUUGAAGAGCUGAAACAAUCAGUCCAGCAGCUGAAAUGCAGUGAGGCAAAGUUUACAGCACAGAAAGAAUUGCUAGAGCAAAAAGUGCAAGAAAAUGAUGGGAAAGAGCCUCCUCCUGUAGUGAAUUAUGAAGAAGAUGCACGAUCAGUCACAUCAAUGGAGAGAAAGGAGAGAUUAUCCAAAUUUGAGUCCAUUCGUCAUUCAAUUGCUGGAAUAAUUAGGUCUCCAAAAUCUGCACUGGGUUCUUCAGCACUCUCUGAUGUGAUCUCCAUGAGUGAGAAGCCCUUGGCGGAGCAUGACUGGUACCAUGGUGCAAUUCCCAGAAUAGAGGCCCAAGAACUGCUGAAGCAGCAGGGAGACUUCCUGGUGCGAGAGAGCCAUGGGAAACCUGGUGAAUAUGUCCUUUCUGUAUAUUCUGAUGGACAAAGGAGACAUUUUAUCAUACAAUUUGUUGAUAACCUCUAUCGAUUUGAGGGCACUGGGUUUUCAAAUAUUCCUCAACUUAUAGAUCAUCACUAUUCAACAAAACAAGUCAUCACUAAGAAAUCUGGUGUGGUUCUGCUAAAUCCUAUUCCUAAGGAUAAGAAAUGGAUUCUCAAUCAUGAAGAUGUCACAUUGGGAGAAUUACUAGGCAAGGGGAAUUUUGGUGAAGUAUAUAAAGGCACACUAAAGGAUAAAACUCCUGUAGCUGUUAAAACGUGUAAAGAAGAUCUUCCUCAGGAACUAAAAAUAAAAUUUUUGCAAGAAGCCAAAAUUCUCAAGCAAUAUGAUCACCCCAAUAUUGUUAAACUUAUAGGCGUGUGUACACAAAGGCAGCCCGUCUACAUCAUUAUGGAGCUGGUCCCAGGAGGUGAUUUCCUCUCCUUUCUGAGGAAGAGGAAGGAUGAACUGAAGCUCAAACAGUUAGUGAAAUUUUCCUUAGACGUUGCUGCUGGUAUGUUAUACCUCGAGAGCAAAAACUGCAUACACAGGGACCUUGCUGCAAGAAACUGCCUGGUAGGUGAAAAUAACAUUCUGAAAAUCAGUGACUUUGGAAUGUCUCGUCAAGAGGACGGUGGAGUGUAUUCAUCUUCUGGCUUAAAGCAGAUUCCAAUUAAAUGGACAGCACCAGAAGCUCUUAAUUAUGGGAGAUACAGUUCUGAGAGUGAUGUGUGGAGCUUUGGCAUUCUCCUCUGGGAGACCUUCAGCUUAGGAGUCUGUCCAUACCCUGGAAUGACAAAUCAGCAAGCACGAGAACAAGUGGAAAGAGGAUACCGAAUGUCAGCACCUCAACACUGUCCAGAGGAGAUUUCUAAACUUAUGAUGAAGUGUUGGGAUUAUAAACCAGAAAACCGCCCUAAAUUCAGUGAACUUCAGAAAGAGCUCACUCUCAUCAAGAAGAAAAUCACAUAAUCCCAGCAUGGAGCUAAGCUCCACCUUCAGGACUCCAUCCUCUGUAACCUCGACUUUAUACCACAUUACUGCAACCAUCUUUGAAGGUUAUAUUUUUUAUUAACUGGGUUUCUAAAAUAUGUUCCACAUUAAAAUAUGUUAAAGGUAAAUUUAUUCAAGAAAUAGUCCUACCCAGGGCUGUAUUAGCUAACCACAGCCACCCUACCGUUUCUGGCCACUGUAAAUAGAAAAGUGCAGGCUCUAACUGAGAAGAUGAAAGGUCUAUCUUUUCACACCUUGGACCAUUGAUGUUUCUCAAAGGUUUUUCUACUUUAGGCGCAGUCUGUGGGCUGCUGUCUUGCACCACAGGCCUUCCUCCUUUGGUGCUAUAAAUGGUGUUGGUACCGCAUGUUUGCAGGACACGUUCCAACCACAGUUGGCUUUCUACUCUGCCAAGGCGAGAUUGUAUCGAGAAAUACAAUCAUAUAUUGGAAACUACUUGGACCUCCCAGGGGGUUUCUUUUCUUUCAUGUCAGAAACAAGUCCAAUAGGAAGCAUCUUGCUCCUGCAUUCUGUUUUUCACCUGCUCCUCAGUCCAGGCUGUAGAAAAUGAUGCAUGAACUAUCCCCAGAGAGCAUGGAGGCACCUGCUUCUAGAGGACAUUGUAGAGGACAGGGAUGGCAAGAAACAUGUGUGACCAGGAGGGCAACUAGGGAAAAGAACAGCUAGCCAAUGAUCAACAGGAAAAAGAAAAGAAAAAUCUGCCUUCCUUCCGGAGUUAUGCCUUUAUAAAAUACACACGUAUCCAUGGCCUGAAGUCCCUACUAAAGUAGGAAUGUUUCAGGUACUCAGAGAUAGAGCCCAACAAAAACUUUGUUAGAGACACUUCAAGUCCACGGAGGUAACCACAUACUUCUAGUUACACAUCUCCAUCCUAGAGCAGAAUCUCAGAAUGGAAUUCCGUCACUUUGUGCCAGUUUCUGGAGCUUCAGAAUUCGUGAUUUUAAUUCACACAUCCACAUACACCUACUGACAUGCAAGGCUGCUGUAAGUGAAACAGAUGAGUCAGAAGUCGAGAGAAUGAAGAAAAGACCUAGGAACACCACCGACCCAGCUCCACUUUUUCCCCUUCACUUCUCGUUGGCAGGUAUGCAAGCACAGUGCUGAAGGUGUUGCCUGUGGAUCAAAUCUAAGACUGUUAAAACUAAGGUUCUGUCAAACCGAGUCUUAGCUACAUCCAGGGAACUUGCCCAUGAUCUGUAUAUAGUUGCCUCUCAGGAUAGUGUGUGUGGCAGAUGGUCUCACUCAGGG